AUGUUUAAUGGAGAAAGCAAAAGCAGGAAGAUCAAUCUGAGCGGAAAGAAAAAUGUCAUCCUCAACAAGGACUCAUUCAUCGAGAGGGCCAAAAAGGAGAAAGAAAUUCACCUGAACUUAACACGGAGGAAAAACGCUUUUAAGAUAAUUGGCAACUAUGUAAGAUUUAAAAAAUGUAUUGAGAAAAGGAGAAACGAAAUUAAGAGCCUGAUUGGGAAGAGAAUCAGCGAUGUGAUGUUGUUGCAGAACCUGGUCGCUCCAGAUGUGUAUGAGAGAGCCUUGCGAAUAUGUCUCCAUGAAUUUUCACUGAGCUCCACCUUUCUGUACUCCAGUCCGAGUUGCUACUACUAUUAUAAGGGCAUGAACUUUGUGAGUUUGUACCCUCCAGUGAAAUAUCUUCUGGAUGUGUUAAAGCUCUAUGGAAAAGUGGGGCAACUGGAUGAACCCCAUUCGGUGAGGGAGGCGAAAACACAAAAGGAUGCAACUGAACAGGGAAAGCACUCAAAGAAGAAGGAAGAAAUCCAUGUUAGAAAUAAAUUCCUAUACAGACAUAAAAAGGAAAUACAAGUUUUACUUAACCAUUUGGAUGUUCUUCUUGGAGAGUAUAAUUUAUAUGGUGAAAAUAUAUAUGGAGAGUACCGCUAUGCCGUGAGAAAUGUGAGCUGUAGCCAGGGGAAAUUUUCCCCUAGCGUAGAUGCCCAACGGAAAAAAUACGACAAUGGACAGAUGGUAUGCAUGUACCACAUGUAUAACUUCAUUUUGAAUAAGUCUUUCUGUGUUUACAUGGAGAAGGAAAUAAUGAACUCUCUGGAAGAGAGUACUUUGGAGAACAAUCCCCGUAAUGAUAAGAACGUAUUGGAAUCACUUCACAAAAUAAGCGACUACAUUAUUUUAACGAUGGAUGGAAUCAUCAACAUUUUGAGAAAGCUACUCCUCUCUUAUGAAGCGAAGCAAAUUGCCAAGUGCAGCUCCACCAAGCUACUGAUUUACCUCUGUGAUCUUAUAUAUAUAUUCUUAUUCUCUCUAAAGAUGAAGGGAAAAGAAAUAAAACAAGAUCGUGUAGAGGAGGUAAAAGGAAAGGUCAACUUGCUCCUACAGUUUCUUUGUAUAUGUGUGGAUAACCUAAAGGAUUGCCAUUCUUUGUAUAUAGCUUUCUUCAAGUACCCAAUUUACGAUAUUUUUUCCACCCCUAUUGAUCUGAAGAAGGAACUUGGGAUGAUGAAAUUGUUGCUUCUGAAAAUUGUUAACAGAACUUAUUCUGGACAUCACGUAACUAUGAUGCAGGAGUUGAUCUACUCAAAUGAAAAGGUUUUUCUCCAUUUGGACAAGUACCAUUUGUUUAAUCAUGCAUCAUUCGACGGGAAGAAUAUAUCCGGAGUGAACUUGUUUAAGAAUAUGCUUUUGUUUGUUCAGAUGAAUGAAGCCAUGGUGCAGGAUAACGCUUUGAAUAUCCUGUUGGAGUGUUACUUAUUUCUGUCGCUGAGGUAUCACCCGUAUGUGUACAAGGUAUGUGGAGAGGGAAGAGAAAAGGUCGACGGUGCAAAUGAAGUAGACGGACGGGUGGAUCAAAUGGGUGGAAAUUUCGGCAUAGGUGGGGGUAACCAGCAUGGCGAUAGAACAGAUGGAGAUGGUAAUACCCAUAUAAAUGAGGAACCCGACUUUGCCUCCCUACCCAGCGCAGCUUUAUGGAGCAAUACCAAUCCGGACCACAACCAAACGGAAGACAUAGGGGGGAAGAAGAGGUCGGCCUCGUUCGGGGGAGGCUCAUGGGAGCAAUCAUCUCCAAAUAAAAAGAAAGAAGUGAACACAAAUGAUGGGAAGGCACAAGUUCGGGGGCUCUUAUCACACAUGGGCUUUUAUUAUACCAGAGGGGUAGUCGAUUCUUUAGUACGAAUUUGUAAGAAGGGGGGAUUUAAAAGAUUGGAUGCACUGAUGUUCCUUCUUCUUCCUUUUAGAACCAUUCAUAAGAGAAUCUUCCAUCGUUACAGGAACUAUUACGAAUUUGUUAAAAGUAUUAACAAUCAGCAAACGCUCGUGAUUGGGGGUCGGAGAAAUCGUUUCAUCAAUCAGGGUGGAGUAUCCCAUGGUGAGAAUAGAAGGGAGGAGCUGUCCCGAAGUGGAAGCCUCCCAAGGGGCUCUGCUAGGGGAUCCCUCAUAAGCGAACGGGCAAGCUCUCCUUGGAAUGGCUCAACGUACGGGUUACUGUCUCAGACGAAGCACCUCUCAAAAGACCAAUCGAUGCAGAAGACAACGUGGGGAGUUCAUAAGCAUAUCCGCCUGUUCAGCCUAAGAAACCUCAUCAGGGAGAAGGGAAAAAGAGGGAAACGGUUAUGUGAUGGAGAUCUCCUAAGCAAUGAUAUCAUAUUGAAGAUGAAGAAAAUCCUCAUCGAGCAUGACAUGCACAUCUACCUCGUGAGAGAAGUGUACCUACUCUGGUUUAUCAAUUGUAAAGGAAACGAUACCCAGUUCUUUAAGUAUCUCUCCGCCUUCCCCUACUUCGACCACACCAUUGUCUCUAUAUAUAUUUCGUCUCUUUGUUUCCUCCUACACUACUACGUGGUGGCUAAUAUGUUUGUGAACUUGAUAGAUAUUCAGAGUUUUAAAUUGUGCAAGAAUUUUAUGAGUGGGUUGGCAUUUAAGAAGGUAUGCAAAUUGCUACUCAUGUCCUUGUGGGUGAUACUGAAGAAGUCCAUGUAUGCUAUUAAUUGCGAGGUGGUGAAUCGGCUAGCUUGUGAAGAGAAAGGAAUUGUGGGUGUGGGGGAGGACAGCGACCUGGAGGAAUUGACGGAAGCCAUCAACGAGGAGGAUACAUACAACGAUGAGGAUGAGCAAUUUGAGCGUGAGAUGAACAGGAAGGAAGAGAGGGCUAUAGAGGAGAUUGAAAGUGGGGUUGCCCAUCAGGAGGGUGGUCGUAGUAGUGAUGGAGAAUGUCACAGCGAAGAACCCUUCAAUAAGGAAGACUUGUGCGAACCCCUACGCUGCUAUCAGGAGAUUCCCAUUACACUGAGUGAGACGGAAGAAGCGUUUUUCCUGGAUAAUGCACCAGUUAUACCCAACUGCAGAGCGGAGGAUCUUCUGGAGGAACUGGACUCGCUUGGCACAGAUGAGCCUUCCUCCAUGAGAGGGCUCUUCCCUUCAAGCGCACACCAUUUGAUGAAUCGAGGAAUGCAUUUCUCAUCGUGCGACACAUAUGAUGGGAUCGGAAUAGCCAACAAGACUGGCCCCGGUAGUGGAUUAAAAAGUAGCAUACACAACAACGGAGGUGGUGAAGACGCGUCGGCAAUCAUCUCUACGUUAAUAAGUUACCUUCUGUACAAUGGGGAUAGAAGAGGACUGAACUGUGUACUUCCUCGUCUGUUGAAAAAGUUGUACAAGGUGAAUGGGUACGUGCAUCUGUUUGAGGAGGAUUUUUUCGUAAUCAAGGAAACAAGCAAUUUGUUAAAGAAUCGGUUUAACAUUAUUGGAGACCAGAAUAACGGAGGAAGUAGCUCCAAUCAAAUGAACAGCGCCAAUACAUGGAGUAGUCACUACGAUUCAGAAUCACAUCUCUUCAUCGAUAAAAAUGAUGCAUACCUGAAUUACAACAUCAAGCAUGUAAACGAAUUGGCGAACUACCUCUUGAGAUUUACUCCGUUCACCCUCCCUUUUGAUGAUCGUAUAUUAAUUUUCUACAACAAUAGGAACAAGUCGAAGGAGAGUAUCCGAGAUGAUAGCAGGUUCAGUUUGGUAGAUGUAAAGCACCACUUGAUUAGGAGAACCCACAUAGUGGAGGAUGCAUAUAUAUUGCUUCAUACGUUAGAUUCUACUCAGGUCAAACAAAAUAUUAGAGUCGCUUUUAUUGAUCAUAGUGGUAAUGAAGAAACUGGCAUAGAUGGAGGAGGAUUGUUUAAAGAAUUCAUGAUACUUUUAUGUAGAGAAAUUUUCCAUUCAAAAUUUUUUCUCUUUGAUUAUGUACACAAUGGGACACUCUACCCCAAGAGGUUCCACUCAAAUGAUAAUUUGAAUCUAUAUACUUUUGCUGGUAAGGUAAUUGGCAAGGCUAUUUACGAGCGCAUACUUAUUGAAUCCGUUUUCAAUGAUGUCUUCUUAAGCUUUCUCCUUUGUGAUGAUAUAAACUUAGAUGUAGACAUAGACAUUAAUGAUUUGUAUUUUAUUGAUAAGCAUGUUUUCAAGAGCUUACUCUACAUUCAGAAUACCCCCCAUGUGGAGAAUCUGUCUCUAACCUUUUGCAUCUACGAGAGGAAGAAACCCGAUGUGGGGGAUGUACGUAAGUAUGAGGAUAUCAUUAGUUACUUUCAGGCCCUGGAAAAACAGAUCUCUGGGGGGACAGUGACGGGUGCAGUGACGGGUGCAGCCACAAGUGGAGGAAAUGUGAGUGCAGGUCGUGCGGGAGGAAACGUUGUGAGGCACUUCUUCUCCCAGACGGGAAUGUCCCCUGACCAUGACAACAUCAACAGCUUCUUCAACAUCAUCGAUAAUUUGGACGCAUUGAUACAUACCCUGGAUAGGAAUCUUUCUUCACUUUCGCCGGUGCCCCUGGAGGAUGAUGUACUACCCCAUGUUAAUAGAACAGAGAGGCACCCUGGUGCCAACUACAACGAUGAUUCACCCAUGGCGCAGAUGCUCUUGCGGCGAAACGAGCUAAAUUCCAGUCCCACUUCGAAUGGUGUUCUGCUAGGCUCAGAUGGAGAGGUUUUGACGUACCCCCUGCGCAACGCCAACGACGUUGAUUCGGAAGGCGGGAAGGGUGAUCCGUCAGGAGGAGGCAUAGACGACCCGUCAGGAGGAGGCAUGGACGACCCGUCAGGAGGAGGCAUGGACGACCCGUCAGGAGGAGGCAUAGACGACCCGUCAGGAGGAGGCAUGAACGACCCGUCAGGAGGAGGCAUGAACGACCCGUCAGGAGGAGGGAAAUGCACAAAACAAGCGGAAGAGCUAGAGUGCAUCGACCUCAUUCAAAACGGAAGGAACAUAUUAGUGGACGACAAGAACAAGAAGCUAUACAUAAAAUUAUAUAUAAAUUAUAAGUUUAAAAAAAUGGUGCAGAAAAAAACACAGGCUUUUUUGAAAGGCCUUUCCGAACUGAUACCUUCAAGAUGGCUAAAACUUUUUAAUGCCCAUGAAUUGAAAACCCUUAUUUCAGGGAACGACAAAUGUUUCGAUGUAGACGAUUUGAAAAGGAAUGUUGUUUACGGUGGAGGGUACAAUGGAAAUAGCCAAACUGUGAUAAAUCUAUAUGAUAUUUUAAAAACUUUUUCUCCAAAGGAGAAGAGCCUUUUCCUCAUGUUUGUGACUAGUUGCUCUAGAUCCCCUCUGCUUGGCUUUCAGGAACUGUACCCGAAGUUCUGCAUAUUUCGUGUAGGGGAUCAUACGAGGCUUCCAACUGCGUCCACUUGCGUGAACCUACUGAAAUUGCCGGACUACGCGUCUAGGGAGAUCCUACGAAAGAACCUCCUUACGGCGAUAAGCGGAACACAGGGGUUUGACCUCAGCUAA